AUGGACAAGGCUGCAGAAGAGACCGAAGGUCUUCAAGAUCAUGUGACUAUUCACAAGAUCGACUUCCACCACCCCUAUACGCCCUACGAUAUCCAGGAGACAUUCAUGAGCACCGUUUAUCAAGUUCUAGAGGAUGGAAAAGUCGGUAUCCUUGAGUCGCCGACUGGAACGGGCAAAUCGCUAAGUCUAAUUUGCGGUUCUCUGACUUGGCUACGCGAUCACAAACGCAAAACCUUCGAGGAAGGCCUCGAUUGGGGUCCAAAUGACUCAAAUAGUCCACAAUGGCUCAUCGAGCAGACCAAAGCCAGUAAACGCCGCGAGAUGCUUCGUUCACGAGAAGAUAUGGAAGCCAGGCUAGCCAAGAUUCGACUCAAAGAAAAGGCACAGAGGGAUAGGUAUCUUAAAGGAGAUCAUAAAGUCAAGAAGAGGAAGACCGAUGCUGAAACCUCUGGAAAAGAUGGCGAUGAAGAGAAAUUUGUUCUAGAUGAUUAUGACAGUGAUGAAGAACAACACAGUACUAAAGAUGAAGGCAGCUUGUAUUCCGCGAAAACCCUGGAGUUGAUGGAACAGCUUGGUAUGGGAUCUAUUGCAAAAGAAGAGGAAGAGGAAGUGGAAGAAGAAACAAAGAUCUUCUACUGCUCGCGAACACAUUCCCAGCUCACUCAGUUCAUCAACGAGCUACGCCGUGUGAACUUCCCACCUGCAUUUCCAGAGGAGAAACCCAGCAAAGAACCGCAAAUCGAAGACCUCAAGCACCUAACUCUCGGUUCGCGCAAGAACCUCUGCAUCAACCCCAAAGUCAACAAACUCGGCUCAGUGGCAGCAAUCAACGAGCGCUGCUCCGAGCUUCAGCAGUCCAGUACUGCCAAAGAGCAUAAAUGCGUCUUCUUACCAAACAAGGAGAACCAACCUUUGGUCAAUACGUUCCGCGAUCAUGCCCUCGCGACACUUCGAGAUAUUGAGGAUCUGGGAGCACUUGGUAAGGAGAUUGGUGUUUGUCCUUACUAUGCGUCAAGAGCUGCUAUCAAACCGGCCGAGAUAGUCACAUUACCAUAUCCGCUUCUGCUUCAGAAGAGCGCAAGAGAAGCUCUAGGGAUCAGCUUGAAGGGCCACGUAGUGAUCAUUGACGAAGCUCAUAACUUGAUGGAUGCCAUUUCAAGCAUCCAUGGAGUGGAGAUCAGUCUGAAACAAUUGAAGGCGGCCAGAGCACAAUUAGGAGUGUAUCUGCAGAAGUUUCGAAAUCGCUUAAAGGGCAAAAAUCGCGUCUAUAUUGCUCAAGUAGUGAGAGUAAUUGAUUCUCUUGCUGGGUACCUGGAAGGACGAUUGGCGCUUCCGCAAGCAGAUGGCAUUGUCUUAGAGAAAGAGCUCCUGGCUGGAAAAGGAGUUGAUCAAAUCAACCUCUUCAAACUAAUUCGAUACCUUCAAGAAAGUAAGCUGGCACGAAAAGUCGAAGGCUACGCUACUCACACGGCAGAUACCUCGACCUCCGUCUCUGCCCAAAACAACAAGAAGAACAUCUCAUCUCAACCCAAACCCAAACCCGACUCCACAACCCCAGUCCUCCACCACAUAACCUCCCUCCUCUCCGUGCUCACCCACCCCUCCAAAGAAGGCCAACUAUUCUUCAGCAAACCCACCUCUUCCCCCGCCACGCAAGAACCCAUAUCCAUAAGCCUCAAAUACCAACUCCUCGACCCCUCCCCCCACUUCCACGACAUUGUCUCCUCAGCCCGCGCCGUAAUCCUAGCCGGCGGCACCAUGUCCCCCAUGCACGACUACACCACCCACCUAUUCCCCUACCUCCCCCCCUCCUCCCUCACCACCCUCUCCAGCGGCCACGUCAUCCCCCGCCAGAACCUAAUCGCCUGGAACCUGUCCCGCGGGCCUUCAGGCCAAGCCCUCGAAUUCACAUUCAAGAACCGCGGCAACACGCAAAUGGUAGACGAUCUCGGCCGCGCCCUGCUAAACCUCUGCACCGUCGUCCCAGACGGCAUAGUCGUCUUUUUCCCCUCCUACAAUUACCUCGCCUCCAUCAUCGCUCAAUGGUCUAAACCCCCAUCCACACCCCCUUCCACAUCAUCCUCCACACCCACUCUUCACACCCCAGAACCCAACAAAUCUCAAACUCAAACCCUCUACGCGCGACUCGCCGCCAAAAAACCAAUCUUCACAGAAUCCAAAGACCGCCCCGUCGAAGAAACCCUCACCGCCUACACGCAAAGCAUCGAUACCAACCACGGCGGGCUCCUACUAAGUGUCGUGGGCGGAAAAAUGAGCGAAGGGAUAAACUUCAGCGACCGUCUAGGCCGGCUCGUCGUUAUCGUCGGGCUGCCCUUCCCCAACAUCAUGAGCGCCGAGUGGAAAGCUAAGAUGGCCUAUGUCGAGUCCUCUACCAUUGCACAACUGGAACUAGAAAAUCACGAAAAUCAAGAAAAUCAACAAGCUCAAAAAGGUGUAGAAACAGCCAAAGCCAAAAAGAACAUGACCCGCAACGAAAUACACAACGUCGCCAAGGCUCAAGGCCGAGAACUCUACGAGAAUGCAUGCAUGCGCGCCGUGAACCAGUCCAUAGGCCGCGCGAUCCGGCACCGUGGCGAUUACGCUACCAUCGUGAUGGUUGAUGCCCGGUUCGAGGGAGAGCGGAUCCGAGGGAAGUUGCCCGGGUGGAUUAGGGAGGGGCUGGUGGAUGAUGCGGGGAGUAAGAGUUUUGGGACGUUGAUGGGGCGGUUGGGGGGUUUUUUUGCCGAGAAGAAGAGGGGGGUUUGA